GAAGCAUCCUCCCGCCAUGGGCCUCAGGGCAUCUCCUCCCUGCCCUCCAAGACCUCUUGGUGGGAAAGACUCAGAGGGCACUUGGGCUACUCAGGACCCUCCGGCUGUGUCCGGGCUGGGGAGGGAUAUGAUGGAGAGCCAGCCAGUGGGGCUGUCAGCAGUGGGGGCUUUUUAAAAGAAAACUAUUUUGAUGAAUAUAUUUAAAAACCUUUUAUAUUGUGGAGCAUAGGAAUUGCCCCAACUCCUCCAGGCCUCACCCUCCCUGCUUGAGCAGGGUGGGAGCCGAGUUGCAACAGUUUUGAUUUAAAGGAGCCUUCUCACCUCUGGCUGAGAGCCUCAGCCCACCCUCUCCCCUUUCCUUCCUUCUGUGGGGCUCAAGCCUGGUACACUCUGUGGAAGAGCUGAAGAGCUCUGACUGGUGCCACAGAUGAGCCCUGGGGGGUGAGAUGUCUUCCCUCCUCCUCUCUCUGGGACAUGGGGUGGCUGUUGUGUCAGACUCUGUCUUCCCCUGUCCAGGAGCUGUAGGCUGGUUGAGGCAAGUGGAACCUUGUCGUGACUUUUCCAACAAGGGAAGCCCUGAGACCUCAGAAUUCAGUGAGGAUUUGUUUGGGGGCAACCAGAAGCAAUAGCAGCAUGGGUAACCUGCCCCUGAGCAGGGCUGUACUCAGCCAAGAAAGUGGCCAUCCAUAUGUAGUUGGGCCAUGGAGCAAUUGCUAUCGACAGUGAUGAUUGAGGGCCCCUUGUGCAAGCUGCCCUUUUAGCCUGAAAGUGGUGACAUGUGCCAAAGGCCACUCUGCGACAUCACUUCCUUCCCUGAAAGCCUGAGUGAGAGCGUGUGUGCACGUCUGUAUGUGUGCGGCAGAGGGACUAUGACAGAUGUGAGAUUUCUCUCUGUCAUCAGACAGUGUUCCCUUGAAGCUGGCAGGGGGUUCCCAGCCCAGGGAAUAUCCCUGUGUCAGCCUCAUCAUUCGUGGGUCCUGCCUGGGCCUGGCAACAGGAGUGGUGGGAUGGAUGGGAAGAGGGUAACGUCCAGGUGAGUAUGAGUUCUGAAAAGGGGUUCCAGGUAGGCCCCAGCCCUGGUGUUAGGAGUUUUGAAGGAAGUGGGAGGGCAAACAUGGGCCUUCAGCAUUGGGUUCCUAGGGAAUAUGGCCAAGCUGGGCCUAUCCCUUCAAGGGCAGCAAGAACCAAGCAGGAUCUUGUCACUCCAUUCUGAAUAAAGCUCCAUGAGCUAGGUCGGAAAGCUGAACAUCCAUCUUGCUUUUCUUCUUGCAACCUCUUUCCCUGGGGUCCCCGGGGGCACCUUGCCUUUGCUGUCUUUCGAUGCUCCCAUUUGAGCGCUAGGGUGUGGGGUGGUUGCCCUGCCCAACAUCCCUGAGAGUGCGGGAGGCCAGAUUCCUGUCUUGUGGCAGAAGGGGCCCUGGGCAUCACUGGGCCACUUGCAGACUGAAGUGACUCUAUCCUCCACCUGAGGUCAGUGCCCUGCCACCACCACCCCUUCUCAUGGGCCACUCUCAACUUCAGCCCUUCUCACCCAGCUGUGGCUUCCCAUGGUCCCCACUGCUCAUGCCAGUGGGCCCAUCCUCAGAGAGUGGACUGGGGACUGAUCGAAGGGUCCAGGGAUCAUCCUUUCACUUUUGUCCCCACUACCCCCACGUCAGGUGCAUAUGAGAAGCCGAGGCCAGGCUGUCCAAGGCUCUCUUUUCAUACUUCAACAGUCCGGAGUCCCAUGACCUCUAGUGGCCCAACUCUGGUCUUGGCUACACUCUGAGGUGGAGUCCUAUCUCCUCUCUCUACCGUCCCUACCCCCAUCCCCCAAAGGACUGUCUCUCUCAGAAGCCCCGGGUGGCCUUGCCUCCUGACCUAAGUGCUGGAGAUACCCGUGUUCCCAGGGAGGAGUUGCCCUCCGACUUGCAGCCUAGGAGCUCCUGGGUGGGAGGAAAACAUCAGCUAGAGCCCUGGAGAAGAGGAUGUGACUAGGAGCUCCUGGGUGGGAGGAAAACGUCAGCUAGAGCCCUGGAGAAGAGGAUGUGACUUGUAGUCUCCUACAGCUGAAUUAGGAAUAUGAGUCUAUUUUUCCCACAAAAAAACCCCUUGGGAUUGCAGCAGAUGAUGUUCCUGACGCAUCCUCCAGACCCAAUUCCAUCUCCUGGCCUCCCUGGCUCUGUCUCCAGCACUCCCGUCCUCCAGAUCACAGAAGUCACAAACCCUAGACACUCAGGUCUUGUCCUUCACACUUGAUGUAUGCAUGCAUGGGCUCACCAGUCCUGGUCUUUCUGCCUCUACACACACUUGCACAACCCUGAUAGUGAGUGCCUCACUCGCCUCACCCUAGUCCUGGCUCUGCCACAGCCCCAGCUCCAUCUGUCCCAUCAGCGAUCAGACUGACAUAUUUGUAUAGCUCUGUUGUUGCUUGAGCAGGGCCAGGCUACUCCCCCUCUUCCCUGGGAAGUGCCCUCUCCUCCUUUUAGGGUCAGCGCUUCAGCUUAUGUUCCAGGUUCUCAGCUUGGCUCUGAGGUUCCUACAGACAAGGCCAGGAAGCGCUCGUGGCGUGGCUCAGCAUGGAGCCAGACACAGCUGAGCUGAGCUGUGGAGUUCCGAGAAGGGGGAAUUUGAAAAGGAGCGCUCUUCAAGCCUUCUUGGGAGCCAGGUAGGGGGAAUCGAGACUUCCUGGUGAACCUAGACCUAUAGCUCUGGCUAAGGGGCUGGGUUGAGAGGAGUGAGAAGGAUUUGUGGGGGUGAUGGUUGGGUGUUGGGUUGAUGGUUGGGGGGAGUAGGGAGCCUGGGAAAGGCCAGGAUGUGGAUGGGCUGGUGCGACAUUGAGCCUGAAACAGUCAAAGUGAUCCAGUUGGGAAUUCCCAGUGCCUAAGAGAGUUGUCUCCUUGAAUAUCAGUGUGAAUGUGAAGGAGGAAGCAGGAGGCCUGCUCAUGUAGAAGCAAAGGCCUGGCUCUAAAGAGCAAAGGUAGACAACCAAAGUUCUGACCCUUGGCGGGCACGGAAGAAUUGUUCUGUGAGAGACUUUCAUUAAUUCACACCCUAUGUGAUCCUGGGAGGGUGAGGCUGAGCAUGGAUUAAAGACCCCAGUCUGAUAUCAUCUGGAGAGUAGGGGGCUCCGGGAAGUAGCAGGAAGGUUCCAGGCCACUGUGAACUUUGGUUUCAGGAGAGGCACUGUAUGCAGGAACCUUGAGGACUGAGCCCAGACUGUUGUCAUGUAUGUGUGCCCUCUGUUAGUGGCCCAGAGCCUGCUCUGAAUUCUCUGGUUAGAAUAAAAGUGAAAGUGAAAUAGAGGGGAGGGGGCAGUGCUUUCCCAGAAGGAUUUCACUAUAUCCCGCCCUUCCCAGAACCAGCGCUGGCAGUGAAGGCAGCUUUGCCUCCCUUUGUGACUAGAGAGGAGGAAGUUGUCACGGAUAUAUAGAGCCGGGCACGCCAGCUCCUGACACAUGCAUCACGACCAUGAGACAGAACUGGACACCAGACCUCAGCCCUUUGCGGGCCCUGCUCCUGUGCAUCCACAUUGUCUCCUACCUGGUCAGAGCUAUACCUAUACUUCAAGCUACCACAGCUACCACUGCCUUAGCUGCGAUCACAAAGGAUCCCUGCCCCUUCCAGCCACCAACGCUCCCAACAGCUAAGCGGUGCCCAGCAUUGGAGGUGACCUGGCCAGAAGUGGAAGUCCCACUGAAUGGAACGCUGACCUUGUCCUGUACUGCCUGCAGCCGCUUCCACUUCAGUAUCCUCUACUGGCUGGGCAAUGGUUCCUUCAUUGAACACCUCCCAGGCCGGCUGCGGGAGGGCAGCACCAGCCGGGAGCGCAGGGGCACAAGCACCCAGCUGCGGAGGGCCUUGGUGCUGGAGGAGCUGAGCCCCGCCCUGCGCAGCACCAGCUUCUCCUGUGUUUUCGUGGAUCCUGAGCAGACUGCCCAGUGUCAUGUUAUCCUGGCCCAGUUCUGGGCUGGGCUGAGGACAGUGAUGCCCCCCGCUCAAGAAGCCCCGCCCUCCACUGGGUCCCAUCUGCCUCACCAUCCUGACAGGUGAACUUGGAAGCCUGGUUGAAACGCCACCUGUUCGUCAAGGUCUAUGCACUCUCAGCUCAGGCCACAUUCUGCAUUGAUUUAAUGUUGUAUUCUUUUUUUUUCCUCUAAUGGACUGCUUCUGAUCCACAGCUGUAUCUUUGUCAUACCCAGCAGGGCCCACAAUGGGCACUCAUAAAUGAUUUUUCAAUGGA